AUGGUUAAUAAGUCGUUUAAGAACGAUGAUACUGAUAUCCCUAUUAUUUCGGAAUAUCCUGAGGUUUUUCCUGAAGAGCUACCCGGGUUGCCACCGGAUAGACAAGUGGAGUUCCGGAUAGACAUUAUACCAGGUGCAGCACCUGUAGCAAGAGCACCAUACAGAUUGGCACCAACGGAGAUGAAGGAGUUGAGGACGCAGUUGGAUGAGCUUUUAGCCAAAGGUUUUAUUAGACCUAGCUCGUCUCCUUGGGGAGCGCCAAUCUUGUUCGUUAAAAAGAAGGAUGGCUCGAUGCGUCUGUGCAUCGAUUACCGUGAGCUUAACAAGGUCACUAUCAAGAAUAGGUAUCCGUUACCCAGGAUCGACGAUCUGUUCGACCAGUUGCAAGGAGCAAGUUACUUCUCCAAGAUUGACCUGAGGUCAGGUUAUCACCAGUUAAAGGUCAAGGACGAAGACGUACACAAGACCACGUUUAGGACUCGUUAUGGACAUUACGAGUUCCUAGUGAUGCCGUUCGGGCUCACUAACGCACCAGCCGCGUUCAUGGAUCUCAUGAAUCGCGUCUGCAAACCUUAUUUAGAUAAAUUCGUCAUUGUCUUUAUUGACGACAUCCUUAUCUAUUCGAAGAAGAAGCUUUAUGCCAAAUUCUCGAAGUGUGAAUUUUGGCUUCGAGAAGUCCAAUUCCUUGGACAUGUUGUAAGCGAGCGUGGUAUCCAAGUAGAUCCCGCUAAAGUCGAAGCAGUCAUGAAUUGGCAGGAGCCGAAGACGCCUACUGAGAUUCGCAGUUUCCUCGGAUUGGCAGGAUACUAUAGAAGAUUCAUCGAGAACUUCUCAAGGAUUGCUGCGCCCCUAACUUCAUUGACCCGUAAGAAGAUUAAGUUUGAUUGGGGCCCUAAGCAGCAGGAAUCCUUUGACAUUCUGAAGCAGAAGCUGAGCAAUGCGCCAGUAUUGACGUUGCCCGAUGGUAUAGAUGAAUUUGUGGUGUAUUGUGAUGCAUCACAUACUGGCAUGGGCUGUGUACUCAUGCAGAAAGGCAAAGUCAUUGCCUACGCUUCUCGACAGCUCAAGGUGCACGAGAAGAACUACACCACCCACGAUUUGGAAUUGGGUGCAGUUGUAUUUGCUUUGAAGCUAUGGAGACAUUACUUGUAUGGAACCAAGUGCAUAAUUUAUUCGGAUCACAAGAGUCUUCAGCAUCUGUUCAAUCAGAAGGAAUUGAACAUGCGACAAAGGCGAUGGAUGGAAACUCUCAAUGACUAUGACUGUGAGAUACGAUACCAUCCAGGCAAGGCAAAUGUGGUUGCCGACGCCUUAAGUAUGCUACGACUAAACGGACGAAUAUGGGUUCCAGUUUAUGGAGGACUUCGGGAUGUGAUCCUCCAGGAAGCCCACAGCUCUAAAUAUUCCGUUCAUCCUGGAGCCGAUAAGAUGUACCAGGAUUUGAAAUCAAACUACUGGUGGAUUGGUUUGAAAAAGUCCGUGGCCGAGUAUGUGGCCAAAUGUUUGACUUGUGCGCAAGUCAAGGCUGAGCAUCAGAAGCCGUCAGGUUUGCUUCAGCAACCUGAAAUUCCCAAGUGGAAAUGGGAAAUGGUGACAAUGGAUUUCAUCACCAAGUUACCAAAGACGAAAAAGGGAAAUGAUACCAUAUGGGUCAUAGUAGACAGACUGACUAAGUCAGCUCAUUUUCUACCCAUCAAAGAGACGUAUAGCUCAGAUAUGUUAGCUCAAUUAUACGUCGAUAAGAUAGUAGCGCUACAUGGUAUACCUAUAUCUAUUAUCUCUGAUAGAGAUACUAGAUAUACGUCGCAUUUUUGGAAGAGUUUCCAACAAUCGUUGGGCACUCGUUUGAAUUUUAGUACGGCUUACCAUCCUCAGACUGAUGGUCAGAGUGAGCGUACUAUUCAAACUCUGGAAGACAUGCUUCGUGCAUGUGCGAUCGACUUAGGUGGUAGUUGGGAUAAGAACUUACCAUUGAUUGAAUUCUCCUACAACAAUAGCUACCAUUCCAGCAUAAAGGCUGCGCCUUUUGAGGCCCUAUACGGUAGAAAGUGUAGAUCGCCCAUUUGUUGGGCAGAAGUUGGAGAUGUCCAGCUGUCUGGACCAGAUAUCGUCUUUGAGACGACAGACAAGAUCGUUCAGAUCCGUGAUCGUUUGAAAGCUGCCAGGGAUAGGCAGAAAAGUUAUGCGGAUCCUAAGCGCAAAGAUUUUCACUUUGAGGUGGGUGAAAAAGUGUUGCUUAAGGUAUCACCUUGGAAGGGUGUAUUGCGAUUUGGAAAGAAAGGCAAGCUAAGCCCGAGAUAUAUAGGACCUUUCGAGAUAAUCGAACGUGUCGGGUCAGUCGCUUACAAGUUAAACUUGCCUGAAGAGCUUAGUGCCAUUCAUAAUGUGUUCCAUAUCUGUAAUUUGAAGAAGUGUUUCGCUGACGAUUCACUGGUUAUACCGCAUACAGAUAUACACAUAGACGAAAGUCUGAAGUUUGUGGAAAAACCUUUGUCGAUUGAGGAUCGACAGGUAAAGAAGCUUCGAAGGAAGCACGUGCCUAUUGUUAAGGUCAAGUGGGAUGCCCGUAGAGGUCCCGAAUACACGUGGGAAGUGGAAUCCACGAUGAAAGAAAAAUAUCCCCAGUUGUUUGAAUAA